ACUGACAAUUGACACUAGAAAGUUAUUUUUUGUGGUAAUCGAGUAAAUAACACAGACAACUUGUAAAUAACAGAAAAUAAUUUAUAUCUUAUAUUUAUAAAAAGCAUUUAAAUUUUUUCUAAUGAAUGCUUACGCUGAAAAAUUAACAAAGCAAAAAAAUAUGUCUGAAGAAUUAAAUGGGGUAGCUGUAGUUAUAAUAAUAGGACUUGGAGUUCUUACAGUAAUAUUACUAUUUAUUUUUGCGAAAAGGCAGAUAAUGAGAUUUACACUAAGAUCAAGAAGAGGACCGCACGUCCCUAUUGGUCAUGAUGGUCCAAAAGCAUUAAAAAGAGAAAUAGAAAGACGUUUAGAUCUAAUACCAAGAAUUGUUUGUGAUCCUAAGUUAAUAAGCAAAACCGAUCCCAGAUAUAUUGUUUGUCCAGGACAACAGAUACCAGCUCACUAUUAUAGGCUAAAAGCUGUCGAUGAUGUUAAAAUACUUGAAAAUGAAAUAACAAAGCAAGACCCUUGUUUAUUUCGACAUCCUAGUGAAAAUUUGAGGGCAUAUCUAUUAACAACACUGGCUGCUCCGCUAAAUGGCAGUGGCCAGAGAUUAAUUCAUCAAUUUUGUGACUUUUAUGAACAUGCACGUCAUGAUCCUAGUCAUUUUGGCGAUGAAGAACAUCAGCAAUAUAAUAGAUUAUUAUUAAAACUUGUAGAUGCUGCAAAAUUGUUAAAAUCUUAUAACAGCAGAAAAUCUUCACCAAACAGAACACCACAGAGAAAAGUUAUUAUUGAUAAAGGUAAAAAUACAAGCAUAAAUUACUCUACUGAAGAGGAAGUACUAAGUGUUACAGAUUCAAGACCCACCACACUUUCAGUAGCAGUUUCAACAGAUAAUGAAACAUCAGUAUAAAUAGUUUUUAAGUUAUUUAUUCUAUGUCAACAAGUUUAGAAAGUACUUUGUAAAAAACAAGUAUCUGAAUAUUUAAAACAUUAGAAAAUAAAAAUACUAGUGUAAUUAAACUUUA